CGGGUUCUUAAUAGCAGCUGUUUUCCUAUCGAGGAGUAAAGAAAAAGAGACGCUCUCUUCUAAUUUGACCUAAAAACACGACAUCAGCUCACUUCUUUUUCUAAAAGAAUAUCUACCUGAGGUGUAUUCAUAUCUUGGAAGAAUAAACCAAGCAUGGCUUUGAGGGUUCAUGUUUGCACUUGGAAUGUUAAAACAACACAACCUCCAGAAGUGGACUUGAGAGAACUUCUUCAUCUUGAUAAUGAAGAAGACAUCCCAGACAUCGUUGCUGUUGGACUACAGGAAGUAGAUGCCAAGCCACAGUCACUUCUUAUUGAGUACAUCAAAGAGAACUCUUGGGUAAAGAUCCUACAAGCAUAUUUGGGUGCAUAUGGUCUUGUCAAGCUUCGUUCCAUACGAAUGCUUGGCAUGGUCCAUCUUAUUUCUGUUCACUCAAGACAUUUACCUUAUGUCCGUGAAAUACGACCAGGAUACUGCAAGACUGCAUUUUUAGGACUCCUGGGAACAAAAGGAGCUAUUGCAAUGAGAUUUUCUAUAUAUGGUGAAACAUUCUGCUUCAUUAACAGCCAUUUUGCUGCUCAUGCUGAAUACACAGAACACAGAAACAUGGAGACUCAAACUGUUGAGGAUUAUAUCACAUUUCCAAACUGUACACCACAAAAAAUAAAUGAACACAGUUAUAUCUUCUGGUUUGGAGACUUCAAUUACAGGAUCAAUGAAUCUGCAGAAAACAUCAAAGCACUGUGCAGUCAACAGCAGUACUCCACUUUAUGGGAACAUGACCAGUUACUCAGUAGUCAGAAGGAAAACUUGUGUUUCGUUGGCUUUAAAGAGGGUCCCCUGUCUUUUCCACCUACCUACAAAUACAACGUUGGAACCAAUGACUGGGACACAGAAAGUGGUAAAUUUAGAAAACCAGCUUGGACUGACAGAGUCUUGUGGAAAGAAAAACAAGAAAAAGCGAACACAGUUCAACUGAUAACAUAUAAAUCACAUGAUCAGUACAUGACAAGCGACCAUAAACCCGUCAGUGCUUUAUUAAGCAUCGAUAUGCAGGAGUCUAUGACUGAACUUGAGAACCCAAUUGAGUGGAAGAUGGACUUGAUGAGCAUGCCUUGGUAUGGCAAUGAGGAUGGUCUUUGUGUUUAUAUUGUCAAAAACUACAAAACAUACAGUUGGGAUUGGAUAGGACUUUACAAGGUUGGCUUUCACCAUCUUUGGGAUUAUGAAAUGUACGAGUGGGCAGUUGGUGACGGUGAUGAGUAUGGCGAGAAUGGAUGUGCUGUUCUCUUUGACUGUCUGCCAGAAGAAGCUGGUCAUUAUGUCAUGGCCUAUUACAGCUACAAAAUGGAUGCUGUUAUUUCUGUUAGUGAACCAUUUGAGAUCUUGCCUCCUCGAGAUGAAGACAAAGACCCUGUUGAUGUUCAAGUUGAGCAACCACAAGAAGAUGUCUAAAGAUAACGUCAUAUCAUUCCUAGACAAGAGUAGUUUUGUGUAAGUGGGGUCACCAUCACAGAUUUAAGUUAUAGUUACUACCUGUACUCAUUGAUAGAACAAGCUGUGCACAUCCAUCCUCUAACUUGCCGAAUUUUUAUCCUUCAACAAUGAACCAAAUAUGUAAACAAUUUUAAAUAUAAUUUUAUUAUUAUUAAUUAAUAAUGAUUAAUAUUGAUUAUUAUUUAUUUAAAAAAAAUUUUUAAUAUUUUUUAGAAUAUGAUCAGUUAACUAACCCCUUACCAACACCUUAGCAACCAAACUUAAAGCUACAAGGCAUUCAAAAUAUAUCAAAACCACCAACUCGGAACUAUAACCAACCAACCACUUCCUAAACAUGAGUGUUGAUAAUGCUCACAGCAAUCUUUUAAUUUGUCUGAACCAUUUUAAUUAAUAUCUUUGGGGGGGAGGGGGCUUACUUUGGAAGAGUCUAAAACUCUUACUGUACCAUUUUCCCACUUACACAAAAUAUUAUUAAAUUAGGACAUUAAUUAUGUAUGAAGCACAAAAUAAUAAUACUUACUCUGUCUGGUAAUAUUAUGCAGAAUAGACACAGUUUGACCGAUAGCAGUCCCACUUUUCCCUCCAGAAUCAGUAAAGAAUCAUGUGUUUUUAGGAUUCCUGUGGACAUGCAGAGGUUGGGAAAUUUUCUUAAAACCCUUCUUUCCUGGAGGAAAAAGUGGAGCAGCUCGCAGUCUAAGGGACAAAACAAUGACCGAGAUGUCUAUUGUUUAAAUAUGUCAUUAGUAUACAAUAUUUAAGUACCUUAGUUCAGGAAUACAGAACUCUAGCCAGCAUAUCAAUAGCCAGGGCUUGGACCAGGUGGAACUUCAGAGAUCAGAGAGGGCCGGGCUGUCUUUUCUUGUCAUGGAGAUUUUGAGGAAAGUCACCCUCACUUCUCCAUCACAUUGUUCAUUAAUUUUUAUUGGCAAUUAAUUUUUUAUCUAUAUUUUAGUAAUCAGUUAUUGAGAGUUCCUGGUUUAGGAUUAUCUUUUUCUAUUCCUUAACAACUGAUUUCUAUAUUCAUAAGUUCUGAAAAAUGUUUGGAGUAGGAAAUUGCAAUAAUAGUAGCCAUGUUGCCUUACUGCAGUUUUCGAUAUUCUGGGAACAUGGUAGUUGCAAGCUACACGCUGAAUUUAAUCUUUUGCUGCCGUCAGUUAAGAAUAAUCAGUCGGUACCUUUGGUAUUCUUGACUGGCAGCAGUUAAAAAAACAGUGGAGCAAAACAAUUUCACAAAAAGCUGUUGAUAUGUCGGAGUUCACAGAAUAUUGAAUAUUGUAGUAAAGCUCAACUUGGACAGUGUUUGACUUGCAGCUUUUGUGGAUGUAUCUGGGUUUAAAAAAAGCUGGUGAGACGGAGAUAUUAACAAUUUGAGGAUUAAUUUUAUUUGAAAAGUGUUUUGCAAAAAUGUGGACAAAAUUGAGAGGCAUGAAUAUAUACAGGAAGUUGUAAAUAAUUCCCUUGCAGCAAUUCCACUUUAACUAAAUUUGGAGUAAAAUACAAUAAAUUUUAUUCUCAGCA